UCUACUUCCGGGUCCUGCCCCGCCCCACGCCCAUGCGCCUGGCGGCUCGCAGCCUUGAUCAUGGGCGAGCCAUCUGACGCCUUGCAGGCCUUCCUGAGCCAGCAUCCGAGCCUGCGGCUGCUCCCUUUCGUCAACAGGGUGCGCUGCUCCCUGACGGGCCACGAGCUGCCCUGCCGCCUGCCCGAGCUGCAGGUCUACACUCGUGGCAAGAAGUACCAGCGACUGGCGCGCGCCUCUCCGGCCUUUGACUACGCAGACUUCGAGCCGCACAUCGUGCCCAGCACCAAGCACCCGCACCAGUUGUUCUGCAAACUAACUCUUCGACACAUCAACAAGUCUCCGGAGCACGUGCUGAGGCACACCCAGGGCCAUCGGUACCAGAGAGCACUGCGGAAAUAUGAGGAGUGUCAGAAGCAAGGCGUGGAGUUCGUCCCUGCCUGCCUACGGCACAAGCGGAGGAGGGAAUACCAGAUGGAUGGGAACAGGCCACCGGGCCUGAAAGACACCUUCUGGCAGCCAGAGUCCAGUGAUGAGGAGGCAGCCCUGAGUGACGACAGCAUGACAGACCUGUACCCACCCGAGCUGUUCACCGAAAAGGACCCAGAAGAGCCUGAGAAUGGGGUCGACACCGAUGGCUUUGUGACAGAGCACGAGGAUGAGAAGCCAGGGUCCCCAGGAGGGAAGCGCCCCGGGGACAGGCGUGAGAUGGAAGUGGCCCGUGAGGAGGCCUGUAAGCGCAGGAAGACGCAGCGGGGCUCCCUGACCAAGAAGCUCCAGAGCCAUCACCGCAGGCCCAAGAGCUUGGGCUCCUUCAAGCAGGCGGGUUAGGAAGGCCCUCGGUGACUCCUCUCUCAUCGCGUCUCUGACCUUCACUGCCCACUAAGAAGGGCUGGAUGGCCUGCUCCGCACCCGCGAAGCAGCAGGGCUCAAGGGAGAUCGCACCCCGUGCUCCUUGGGUCUUGAGCAGCACGCAGCUCACCAGAGCCCUGCCCAGGCUGGACACCACCAUGCGACCACGCCGCAUACACAAAUGCCAUUAUUUAUUUCAAUGUUUCCAAAGAUCAGAACGUUUUCAAACACAACUAAGAUAUAAAAUACAGCAUAAAAUGAGAUUUAUACCUAUUCCCACAUAAAGCAAAAGCAUUUUCAGAAA